CCCCCAUGACACAAUAGCAGCUCCCUCCAAGAUGGCGGCGGCGACAGCAGACCCGGGAGCUGGGAAUCCACAGGCUGGGGACUCCUCCGGCGGGGGCGCUGGGUGCGGGCUGCCGUCCCCCGGGGAGCAGGAGCUGAGCCGGCGCUUGCAGUGCCUGUACCCCGCGGUCAACCAGCAAGAGACGCCGCUGCCGCGCUCCUGGAGCCCCAAGGACAAAUACAACUACAUUGGUCUCUCCCAGGGCAACCUCCGCGUCCACUACAAAGGUCAUGGCAAAAAUCACAAAGAUGCAGCCUCAGUGCGUGCCACCCACCCCAUACCUGCUGCUUGUGGCAUUUAUUACUUUGAAGUGAAGAUUGUCAGCAAAGGAAGAGAUGGGUACAUGGGAAUAGGACUCUCGGCUCAAGGCGUCAACAUGAACAGACUUCCUGGUUGGGACAAACAUUCCUAUGGUUACCAUGGUGAUGAUGGGCAUUCCUUCUGCUCCUCGGGGACUGGCCAGCCCUAUGGUCCCACAUUCACCACAGGAGAUGUGAUCGGCUGCUGCGUCAACCUCAUCAAUGGCACCUGCUUCUACACCAAGAAUGGCCAUAGUCUUGGUAUAGCCUUCACAGACCUCCCGGCCAACCUCUACCCCACCGUAGGCCUGCAGACACCUGGGGAGAUUGUGGACGCCAACUUUGGGCAGCAGCCCUUCCUGUUUGACAUUGAGGACUACAUGCGGGAGUGGCGUGCCAAGGUCCAGGGCACGGUCCACUGCUUCCCCAUCAGUGCCCGGCUUGGCGAGUGGCAGGCAGUGCUGCAGAACAUGGUCUCAUCUUACCUCGUGCAUCAUGGGUAUUGUGCCACAGCCACGGCUUUUGCUCGAAUGACUGAAACCCCGAUUCAGGAAGAACAGGCAUCCAUAAAGAACAGACAAAAAAUCCAGAAGCUGGUGCUGGAGGGUCGUGUGGGCGAGGCCAUCGAGACCACCCAGCGCUUCUACCCAGGGCUGCUGGAGCACAAUCCCAACCUCCUCUUCAUGCUCAAGUGCCGGCAGUUUGUGGAGAUGGUGAAUGGGACAGACAGUGAGGUCCGCAGCUUGAGCUCCCGAAGCCCCAAGUCCCAGGACAGCUACCCUGGCUCCCCCAGCCUCAGCCCCCGACAUGGCCCCAGUAGUUCCCACAUGCACAGCACAGGAGCAGACAGUCCCAGCUGUAGCAAUGGCGUCGCAUCCACCAAGAGCAAACAGAACCACAGUAAAUAUCCUGCACCCAGCUCCUCAUCCUCGUCCUCCUCCUCCUCGUCCUCCUCUUCCCCAUCCUCCGUCAAUUACUCCGAGUCCAACUCAACAGAUUCCACCAAGUCCCAGCCCCACAGCAGUACCAGUAACCAGGAGACCAGCGACAGUGAGAUGGAGAUGGAGGCAGAGCACUACCCCAACGGUGUACUAGAAAGCAUGUCCACGCGCAUUGUUAAUGGUGCCUACAAGCAUGAGGACCUGCAGACGGAUGAGUCCAGCAUGGAUGACAGGCAUUCUCGGCGGCAGCUCUGCGGGGGCAACCAGGCUGCCACAGAAAGGAUCAUUCUGUUUGGCCGCGAGUUGCAGGCAUUGAGUGAGCAGUUGGGCCGGGAGUAUGGCAAGAAUUUGGCCCACACAGAGAUGCUGCAGGAUGCCUUCAGCCUGCUGGCAUACUCAGACCCCUGGAGCUGCCCAGUUGGCCAGCAGCUUGACCCCAUCCAGAGGGAACCUGUGUGUGCUGCCCUUAACAGCGCCAUUUUAGAGUCCCAAAACCUGCCAAAGCAGCCCCCUCUGAUGCUUGCCCUGGGCCAGGCAUCUGAGUGUCUCCGGCUCAUGGCCCGAGCAGGCCUGGGAUCUUGCUCCUUUGCCAGAGUCGACGACUACUUGCACUAGCUGACCAUGCUGACUGGCUCUGGCUGGCCCUCUGCUGGCCCCAGGGCUGGAGCUGCCCUGCCCUCCAUAGGCACCUGGUGCAGGGACUCGGAAGCCAUGGGUAGAGUCCACUCCUCCUGCCUGGCCUUUCCCCCUCCCUUUCUUUCUUUCUUUCUUUCUUUCUUUCCUUCCUUCCUUCCUUCCUUCCUUCCUCCCUCCCUUUCCUCCCUUUCCUCCCUUCCCUCCCUUCCCUCCCUUCCCUUCUCUGCCCACCACCCCCCUCAGUCUCUCCCCUUCACGUGCAGCGGCCUGUGACACAGUAUUGGCUGGUUACUCUCAUGUAGCGCCUUCUAUUUUGAAAGGGGGGGUUUGUUUUGAGGAGGGGUUGGGGUUUUUAAAUUUUUUUUCUCCUGACUGAGCCACCAGUAUUUAUCUCUGGAGAGUUUGUGCUGAGCUGGUUUCUGCUAAUUUAGUGAUGAAGCCUAUCCAAGUUGGUGAUAGCUUAUUAUUUUCAUAAGUAAAAAACAAAUGAGAUUAUAUAUAUAUAUGAAUAUAUAUAUUAAAAAGACAGUAUUUAUCGUAGCAUUAGUGGUCCAGCACCUCUUGGGUGAGGCUGUCCAGGCACCAUGUUUUGAGUCCAACUCAUUAAAAAAGAAUAAUCUCCGUCACCACAGCCAAGUGAUUUCUUUUUUUGCUCCCCCUUUUUUGAGCUACAGGCUGAGCUACAGCCUAGGGAACCCAAAUAGGGUUUGGUGGACCACUUAGUGGGCAUGGUCAGGUUGGUUUAGCACCCCAAGAACUGUGGGUCCCUAGGCCCCUGAGACCUGUACAGAGCAGAGAACUAUAGGGCCAAGGGUCCAUAGAAGUGGUAACUUGGCCCAGGGCCACACAGCAGAGCUCGAGGGUCCUUAGCCAGCACACUGUCUACCACUCUACCCCACCUCCCAUCAUCUGCCUUGCUCCCCUUUCCUCUCUUGUCAAUACUCUACCUUCCCUUGUCAUUAAGAUGGCCAAAUAAUACAUUUACUCUAAAUUGAUUGCCUGGAAAC